AUGAAGAAGAGCCGCAGCGUGCUGUCGGUGGCUGGAGAAGAGGUGAGACAGGGCAAUGACACAGAUAUAAUAGGUGCUGGGGAGAAGGCGGAGUCAUCUCGUUACAGCCGAUCCUAUACAUCUGGGGCCACACUGGGGGCUGAGCUACGGAGAGGCAGGAGCAGAAGACUCUCCUCUAGUCUCCAGGUGCCCUGUUGGCUCCGCCCUCGAGACCGUACUCGCUCACCAGAGGUCCUAAGCAAUGUGGCCCGUCCCACAACUCUUCCCCUCCGCAUCCCACCACGCAUUUCCAUCACGCACGCAGACACUGACAGCUACGAGACAGAAAAUGGUGUGUCCCCAGGUCACACCCCGCUGGGCCUGCAGAGCCCAGGCCUCACCCUGCACUCCUCCUUCCCCCAGGGCCAGAGACGAGAGUCCUUCCUGUACCGCUCCGACUCUGACUAUGACAUGUCACCCAAGACCGUGUCACGAAAUUCCUCCCUGGCCAGUGAGGGGCACACAGCAGAGGACUUCAUCGUCACACCUUUUGCUCAAGUACUGGCCAGUCUGCGAUCAGUGCGGAGCAACUUCACCCUUCUUGCCAAUGUUUCCACACCAACAGUCAAGAGGUCUCCUUUGGGUGGGGUGUGUCCCAGCCCCAGGACAACCCUGUCGGAGCAGCAAUACCAGCAGCUGGCCCUGGACACACUGGAGGAACUGGACUGGUGUCUGGACCAGCUGGAGACCAUUCAGACACACCGCUCUGUCAGUGACAUGGCCUCCAACAAGUUCAAGAGGAUGCUGAACAGGGAGCUGUCCCACCUGUCAGAGAUGAGUCGCUCCGGCAAUCAGGUCUCUGAGUACAUCUCCAGCACCUUUCUGGACAAGCAGAAUGAGGUGGAGAUCCCGUCUCCUACUCUGAAGGACAAGCCGAUGAGUCACAUCAGUGGCGUGAGGAAGCUGUCUCACAGCUCUAGCCUCUCCAGCACCUCAAUGCCUCGCUUUGGCGUCAACACAGACCAUGAGGAUGAACUUGCCAAGGAGUUGGAGGAUCUCGAUAAGUGGAGCUUUAACAUCUUCAGAGUAGCAGAGUUCUCUAACAACAGACCCCUCAGCUGCAUCAUGUAUGCCAUCUUCCAGGAGCGAGAGCUGUUGAAGACAUUCCGUAUUCCAGUUGACACCUUUGUGACCUAUGUGAUGACCCUGGAGGACCAUUACCAUGGAAACGUAGCAUACCACAACAGCCUACAUGCUGCAGAUGUCACCCAGUCCACACAUGUCCUCCUCUCCACACCUGCCCUUGAUGCUGUGUUCACUGAUCUGGAGAUCCUUGCAGCUCUGUUUGCUGCAGCUAUCCAUGAUGUAGACCACCCCGGGGUUUCCAAUCAGUUCCUCAUCAACACCAACUCAGAGCUGGCCCUGAUGUAUAACGAUGAGUCAGUCCUGGAGAACCACCAUCUGGCUGUGGGCUUCAAGCUUCUGCACCAGGAGAACUGUGAUAUUUUCCAGAACCUCACCAAACGACAGCGCCAGAGCCUUCGCAAGCUUGUCAUUGACAUGGUGUUGGCCACAGACAUGUCUAAACACAUGACCCUGAUGGCUGAUCUAAAGACCAUGGUGGAGACCAAGAAGGUGACCAGCUCCGGCGUGCUGCUGCUGGACCACUACACAGAACGCAUACAGGUACUGAGGAACAUGGUGCACUGUGCAGAUCUGAGCAAUCCCACCAAGCCUUUGCCGGUAUACAGGCAGUGGACGGAGAGGAUCAUGGAGGAGUUCUUUCGACAGGGUGACAAAGAGAGGGAGAGAGGCAUGGAGAUCAGCGCCAUGUGCGACAAACACACCGCCUCUGUAGAGAAGAGUCAGGUGGGUUUCAUCGACUACAUCGUCCACCCGCUGUGGGAGACAUGGGCCGACCUGGUGCACCCGGACGCCCAGGAGCUGCUGGACACUUUGGAGGAGAACAGGGAGUGGUACCAGAACACCAUGCCCCAGUCUCCCUCACCUCCCCCGGACAGACACCUCCAGCAGGACCGCUUCCAGUUUGAACUCACACUGGAAGACCUGGAACACAACAACCACAAUCACAUACACCUGAGGAACAAUGUCGAUAGUGGGAGGAACACGCGCGCACGGCACACUGGCAACCGAACAGAACCAAACGGUGAGGAGCAGAACCAUAUGGGAGCAGAGAAAGAAGAUGAGGAGAACCACAACAGUGAACAGAACGGAGUCCAAGACGAAGAGGAGGAAGAGGGAAAAGAGGGGCAUGGAGAAUUGGCGGGGGAAGAAGAGGAGGUGCAAGAGACCACUGAAAACGAGGAGCAGAAUGGAGAGACAGACGAAAAUGUGGAAAAGGAAGAGGGAGAGACAGAGGAGAAUACGGAAAAGGAAGAAGAGGAUGUGGAAAAGGAAGAGGCAGAGACAGAGGAAAAUAUGGAAAAUAAGGAGGGUGAGGCAGAGAAUACUGAGAAGGAGGAGACAGAGGAAGACAAGGAAGGAGAAGCAGAAGAGGUUGGGGAAGGGGAAGGGGGAGAGGAGGAGGAGGCACUAGCUGAAGAGGAAGAGGAGCAGUUAGAUGAAGGAGAAGAAGAUCAAACAAAGGAAGAAACAGAAGAUGGGGAGGCAGAGGAAGAAGAAGAAGAAAGUUAGUUGAGUGGGACGGAGUAACGGAGCAACCCAGAGCAAGGUCAUGGAAGGUUAAGGGCAAGAGAUGUAAAGGUGAAAAGUGCAUAAAGGGAGAGCCAUAGAGGGUCUAUGGCAGGUGCAGCAGACAAUUUUGUGACGUGUAGCUAAGAGAGAAUGAAGAGGAGAAUACAGACAAUAAUGAAGCAAACUGCCUCUGCCUUUCUACCAGAUAAUGUGUCCAGAUCACUUUAUCAUAAGACCCUCUUGGUGGAAGGCUCAGCUAAAGAUGUCUUAAACUACUUCACAGCUCACUGAUAUAUGUACACACACAUACACACACACACACACGCACACACACACAUACAUAUAUAUAUGAAGGCCUAUGCUAUUUGAAAUCCCUCAGAUAUUGCUGGAGCCUGCCCAGACAGCCAGAUUGUUGCACUGUAUGGAUUAAAGCAAGUUUUUCAGGUAAAUCGGUAGUGAUAGAAAGACUAGAGUCUUCAUCACCUAGCAUCUGUACAUCCAUCACUGCCAUGGACUGGGGACAAACGGGGAGGGAAUCUGUUUUAUCAACUUUUUGUAGCACUCUAGAGUUUCAAACCUGAAAUACAUCCAUGCAAACAAGUGCAUGCCUGUCCUCCUGAUCUCAUGGACUAUUACUUAUUCUGUCUCUCUUUCUCACAUGCGCAAACAGAUAUUUAUGAGGAACAUACAGGAUGACUCUGUACCGACCAUCAAGUCAAGACUCUUGUACAACUGUUAAAAAAGAUGUUAAUUAUUCUUCCAUUUUGUCGGAAAAAAAAAAACAAACCAAAAAAAAAAAAAAAAAAGUCUUUCCUGAACCUUUGGAACAUGUAGUCUGUUCUCUUAUAUUUGCUAUAAAUUCUUGUCACUUGGGAACAGGACUGCUGAGUAUAGUUGCACCUUCAGGCUCUGGUCUAGGAACAGUUAAACCUCCUCAUGUACUAACCUUAAAGCCACAAUGCUGGAUUUUUGAAACUGCUGUUGUCAUUUGUUUGGCGAACCGUAACAACACAGGGAUGUGAAUAACACCAGGACUGUUCUUCUCUGGCCUUUGCAGUACAGCUCAAGAGGCUGAUUUACCGUGCGCCGCUAUCAGUUAGCUGGAACCCCAAGCGUUCAUUCCCCAAUAACAAUAUCUUACAAGGGUUGUGACAGUUUCACCUCUCCCAGAUUGUGACUUUGAACCCAGGAGGGAUCACGCCAAACUGUCCCAUGACCAGCACCUACGCAAUUCACCCUUCCUCUAAGCCAGUUGGCUACUUAAUCCAUGAAGCAAUGUACUGUGGGACCAGGGUUAGGGGGUGUGAUGGUCUUCCACCAAUCCCAUUUCUUUUUCUUUUUUGUAAAAAUGGUAUUUGGCACUUUAUCUAACACCCCUGUUACAUAUAUGUACAUAAUAAACAUGUAUUUUAAUCUGCUGAUGUCAUACA